GAAAUAGAAACUUGGAGUUCAAAGAAGACACACAAAAUUAAGUGCUUUGCCCAUGUGUUAGUUUUUUUAACCUAACGAUGGCAUUAUUUAAGAACUUAAAAAAAAAAAGUAUAUGAGAUCCUAAUCUUGUUGUGGACCAAACUGUCAUUAUGGCUUUAUUGCUGGGUGUAACCUUGCUGGCUUUGACUCUGUCUGCCCCCGCUAUGGCCUUUUUUCCCAUUGGAGGAGGGGUAUCCACUCAUGUCAGCAUUACUGGGACUGCCCUGCUACAGAAGAUUACAGAGACGUGCAAGGCGGUGGCUGAGGCCGCUGGUCAUGAGUUCAAACCUACGGGUUCUUCUCCAGGGGAGUUGGUCCAAGCCUGUCUGGGUCCCACGGCACCUGGAGAUGUUUCUGGUGCUAAAUUCCAAUCGGCUCUGCAAGAGAUCUACACCCAGAAUGGUCUUGUCGACCGAGACUUUGUAAACAGUGCUCCACAUCACUUCAACUCUGAGGCUUUCUUAGAGGGACGUGGACUAAUUACUGAGGGCAUGGUUGCCAUUAAGGCUAACAUUGGCAAGGAGAAUUUCAAGGCUGCCAGGGAAACAUUGGGCAGAGUCCUGCAUACGUUACAGGACUUCUACAGCCACAGUAACUGGGUGGAGUUGGGAAACACAGAGCCAUAUAUUAACCUUAUCAGACCAGAUCUGCCUCUCGAAAACCUGGCAGAUGUGAACACUCCUACCUGCAGUGACUGCUCAAGCGGAACAUGUUCUAAUCAGAUCCUCUCCAACAUCCUCAAAGAGAAGAAACUCACAUCAGGCUACAUGGGAAUCUUUUCUUCAGAAAAGCCUAAAGGCAAGUGUAGCCAUGGAGGGGCAUCUGAUUUCACCAGCACAGUAGUUCCUCGGGGAAGCAUCAGCAAAGAUGAACGUCGGCCACACAAUCAGGCUCUUCACGAUGCUGCUGUGAAUGUAGCAAUAUCUGCCAGCCUCCAGCUGUUAGACAACAUCCGCCUGGCUGCAGGCGAUCAUGACUUUUUAAGAAUGAUGGGAAUCGCUCGCUCAUCAGUAGUGUGCUUUGUUAUUGACACCACUGGCAGUAUGUCAGAUGACAUUGAAGAAGCUAGGUCAGUUGUUUAUGACCUCAUUGACAGCAAAAAGGGAACACAGGAUGAACCAUCUGAAUACAUACUCGUGCCCUUUAAUGACCCAGAUUUUGGACCAAUGAUAAGGACAACUGAUCCUAAUAAAAUGAAAACAGAGAUCUCAAAGCUCAGAGCACAAGGUGGUGGAGAUACCCCAGAGAUGUGUCUGUCUGGACUGCAGCUGGCCCUCACAGGAGCUCCUUCCUCAUCUAACAUCUAUGUUUUCACUGAUGCAAUAGCCAAAGACAUUGCUCUCAAAGACACAAUUGUUGCUCUCAUGAGAAGCACCAAAUCUGUGGUUUCAUUCUUUAUGACUGCGACAGGAAGCAGGAAGCGACGUUCUUUAGCAGCUGCUUCCUUUGAAGACUAUAAGGACUUGGCUUUGGCAUCUGGAGGCCAGGCAAUCAGGGUGUCUAAGUCAGAACUCCCUCAGGCUACAGAUAUUGUUCUUGACACUUCAACUUCUGCCCUGGUAACAGUUCUUCAAAGAGCUAGGAUUGCUGGGGGGCAAGAAACGUUCCCCUAUUUGCUGGAUCAAUCCCUGAAAAACAUAACUAUCUAUAUCACAGGAACAUCCCUAACUUUUACACUGACUAAUCCUGCUGGGGCUACCCAGAGUAACAGUGAAACUAGUGGUAAACUGGGAACCAUCCAGACUGUGGGAAACCUGUGGAGAAUCCGUCUAAAUGCUGACACACAGUCAGGAACCUGGAAGAUUGAAAUCAAAUCCAGUCAGCCAUACACACUCAAAGUCACAGGCCAGAGCACAAUUACCUUUGUCUAUGACUUUGUGGAAAAGUUCACUGGACCUCACUCAGGCUACGCAGUACUCAGUGGGCGACCGCAAGAAGGCCAACCUGCCACACUGAUGCUAUCAGUAAUAGGAAGAAAAGGUCCGUCAUCAAUCACUGUUGAAGAGGCUGGCUUAAUAACAUUGUCCAGUUCAGAGGCAGUAACCAAUGGUGCAAUGACGGACAUGGGCAAUGGAGACUUCCUGGUCACAGUUGAUGCUGUUCCUGAGGGGGAGUUUGUGCUCUUUCUGAAAGGAACAGACAAAUUGUCCAACACUAAAUUUCAGAGACAGUCAACCACCCAGAUGUCUGUCUCCAAAGUCAUAAUCCAGGCUGCAGUGGACAGAAGUGCUGAGCCAGGAGAAGCCUUUAAACUUCCCUUCAGUAUAAUGAGCAUGGGUGCUGGGGGUAAAUACACCAUCAACGCCCGGAAUGACAGAGACUUUCCAAUGACCUACCCAAACAGCCUCAGCUUGUCAACUGGCCAGUAUGUUAACUCUACACUGACUAUUACACCAUCUUCCGACACAGAGUCAGGCACUGAUGUCACUCUGACUAUUGAAGCCAAGUCUGAGAGUGGUGUUGACUCCAAUUAUGCUGUUCUGAGGUUGUCUGUUAUUACUAAGAUCACAGAUUUUAUUCCACCAAAGUGUGAGAUGAGUGUGUUGGCAGAUAAUUGCCCGAAAGAUGUCUCGCAGUGUGGACCUUUCCGAUGGGAGCUCUCAGCCAAUCUCACUGAUGGAAACGGCUCUGGGAUAAAGAGUGUUUCCUUGAAUCAAGGGAAUGGGACCUUUACCCAUACUACUCUUGAUGCUUCCGUUGUCAAUGCGUACUACAACGCCUCAUGCUGUUCACAGAUCGUAGAGAUUGUUGCUGUGGAUGAGGUUGGCAAUGUGGGCACAUGCUACCACUCAAUUAUUCGUUCAGCUGGUUUUCCUGCAACAACUCUAUCAAUGCCUGUGUGGCUUUGCUUUUUGGUAUCUGUUUUUGUAGUAAGGUUUUGAAGAAGUUUGCAGAUUCUCAAAAUGAAUGGUAACUGAUUUGGGAAUAUAUGGACAUAAACACGUGGCAGUUUAUGUGCCAUGCUUUUUAAUUUGAUUAAAAACU